AUGGGUUCUCAGAAAUUUGGCGAUAGUGCUGCAGAAAUAAGCAGUGAUUGUUUGUCAGAUGAAGAAGAUGGGCUUUUGGAACCCCGCUUCAAAUAUCAAAGGAUUGAAGGACCCGAUGCAAAACAGUUGAUGGCCACACAAGUGGUAAGUGCAGUCACAGCUCAUCUCAAGCUCAUUGUAAUCGGGACCCAAAUGGGCUACAUAUGGAUCAUGGAUCAUUUCGGCCAUGUGGAUCAUCAGCACGUCCCGGUUAUUCGCCCGCACAGGAGCGCUGUGAUGAAAUUAACUAUAGAUAGUGCUGGGAACUACAUAAUGAGCUGCGGGAACGAUGGACGGGUUGCUAUCUCAGGAGUAGGAUGUGAUGAGUUGAAUUAU